AUGAGUGAUUCAGCAUUUGAAGGAGCAGGGAAAACGCCAGGAUUAGAAAUAUGGCGUAUCGAGAAAUUGAAGGUAGUCAAGCAAGACCCUAAAACUUAUGGAAAGUUUUAUAAUGGUGACUCUUAUAUAUGCUUAAGUACCAAGAAACAGAAUAAUAAAUUAUCUUGGGAUAUUCAUUUCUGGCUUGGUGAGACAACAUCACAGGAUGAAGCUGGAGUUGCUGCUUACAAAACAGUUGAAUUGGAUGAGCUUCUUGGAGGUAGUCCUGUGCAAUACCGAGAGGUCCAGAAUCAUGAAUCUAGAAAAUUCUUGUCUUAUUUUAAACAAGGAGUUCGCUACAUCGAAGGCGGUAUUGAGUCUGGUUUCAAUAAAGUGGAACGCGGUGCAUAUGAAAAAAAAUUAUUUCAUGUUAAAGGCAAACGCCUAGUCCGAAUUUAUUCAGUGGAAGUUAAUGUAACUUCAUUAAAUGAUGGCGAUUGUUUCAUAUUGGAUGACGGCAAGAAAAUUUAUUGUUGGUGCGGUAAAGAUAGUCGCAAGGCGGAGCGGAUAAAAGCAAUGGAGGUAGCUAGGAGCAUUCGUGAUGAUGAACGCGGGGGUAAAGCUAAAAUUUACAUUAUAGAUGACGGAGUAGAUCAUGACAGCAAAUUUUUUGAAGCCUUGGGUGGAUUUAACCGUAAUCAAGUAUUAUCUGCUGAGUCCGUUGACGAUGAUAUUUCUUCAAACAGAGAUGUCUGUUUAUACAGAAUUUCGGAUGCCAGUGGGGACUUAGAAAUGACGCAGGUCGAUGAAAGACCAUUAAAAUAUGAACAUUUAGACCAUAAUGAUUCUUUUAUCUUGGAUAUCGGAGGCAACGAAAUUUUUUUUUGGGUCGGUUCAAAAUGCACUGCAGCGGAGAAAGCAAAAGCAAUGAAUCAAGCUACAACAUUUAUUGAAAAAUUCAGUUAUCCUAAGUGGACUCGUGUUACUCGAGUAAUAGAUGGUGGAGAGAACUCUAUUUUUAAGCAAUUCUUCGUAUCAUGGCCGAAUCGAAAUAUUCUCGUUGCAGCUCCAAAAUAUAGUUCUAGUAAUAUCGCUCAAGUAUCACAAAAUGAAAUCGAUGUGAAAGCACUGCACCAACAACUAAGUCUAAAGAGAGAAGUCUUGCCUGAUAAUGGGGAUGGCUCUGUUACAAUAUGGCGGGUUGAAAAUUUUCAACUAAUUUCCGUUGAUAAAGAAGUUUAUGGUAAAUUCUAUAGUGGUGAUAGUUAUGUCCUGCUAUAUAAAUAUCUCAAACAUGGAGCUGAGCUGCACAUAAUUUAUUUUUGGCUGGGAUUAAAAAGUAGCCAGGAUGAACAAGCAUCUGCGGCUGCUUUAGCUAAUACAAUGGACGAUGAGUUAGGUGGAAUUGCUACCCAAAUACGUGUUGUUCAAAAUAAAGAACCCGAGCAUUUUUUACUGAUAUUUAAAGGAAAACUGGUCAUUUUUGAGAACGUUAACGAUAAAGAUUCUUAUGAUGCUGAUAGUAUCAUGCUUUUCCAAAUUCAUGGAACUACAGCUUUUAAUACUAAAGCCAUUCAGGUGACUGGAAGGGCAUCGUCGUUAAACUCGAACGAUGUGUUUGUGCUUAAAACACCCGAACAAACAGCAAUUUGGGUAGGCAAGGGCGCAAAUGACAAUGAAAAGGGUAUGGGUGAAACCAUCGCUAAAUUUAUUUCACCGAGAGUAGAUAUUGAAGUUAUCAAUGAAGAUGAUGAACUAGAAUGGUUCUGGUCUGCAUUAGGUGGUAAAACUGAGUAUGCUUCUAAAGUAAGAUUGCAGGAAGUUGCACUAUCGCAACCGCCACGAUUAUUUCAAUGCUCAAAUGCUUCGGGAAGAUUUGAAGUCGAAGAAAUUCCAGAUUUUGUUCAAGAGGAUUUAAGUGAAGACGAUGUAAUGCUAUUGGAUACGUAUGAUGAGAUUUUCUUGUGGAUUGGUGAAAGAGCUCGCCCAGAGGAAAAAAAGGCAGCAUUGCAAGUAGCAGUGAAAUAUAUAAAGUCGGAUACUUCUGGACGCGAUAUGAAUAAUACCGUAAUGGCUCAAGUUAAACAAGGUCGUGAGCCAAUAGCUUUUACCUGUAAUUUUGUGGCUUGGGAUCCCAAUAAAUGGAGUAACGGUAAAUCUUAUGCUGAUUUAAAAGCCGAACUUGGGAAAGAGAAUGCUGGUGUAACCUUAAUUUCCGAUGUAACCAAGUAUACCAAAACGUAUGACUACGAAGCUUUAAUAUCUUCUAAGUUACCGGAAGGAGUUGAUGCUCGCCAUAAAGAGAGCUAUCUAACAGAUGAGGACUUCGAGAAAGUCUUUAACAUAACAAGAGAAGAGUUCAAAGCAAAGCCGCAAUGGCGUCAACAACAGCUAAAGAAGGAGAAGAAACUAUUUUAA